AUUAUAAAUCACACUAUAUAUUUACAUAACAUAAAUCAUACACUACAUUAUAAUUUAUGAAAUACAAAUUAAACAUAAUAUAUUACAGUGCAAUUUAUGCUUGCAAUAAAUACACACACAUAUGAAAAAAAGAAAAUACAUAAAUAAGUACUAGUAUAACACAAUUAUAAAAACUAACCUGAGGAACUACACAUCAGGAGACAUGUUUAUGACAUUCUUAGCCUGUUAACAUGAGGAGGAAAACCAGACAUCUUCUACUGCUGGGGUAUCCUCAAGUCCAAAACAUAGGAAAUGAAUCCACUGGACCAUACAGUUUUUAGUCUCACAUGCCCCCACGUUACCGUUCUCUUCAGGUCCAUGACACAGACACCAGAGUUUUCUGUGUCUUUGACCGCUGCUUGGUCUUCCUUAAAUUGCUUGCCCGUUUUUCUGUCAGAGGCAGAGUUUUGUUGCUCGGUGACGCCGGGGGGAUGUUCGAGUGAAAUGCUGCGCACCAAGCUUUGGGAAGGACGCCGCCAUGAGCGAUUGCAGAGUAUGCACUUAGUGCAAUUCGAGGUCAUUCACAACGUCGGGGUAUGUAAUACUAAGUCAUUUAUCGUUUUUAGUUUCUCCAAAUUAUUAAUUUCUUCCUUUCACCAUCUCUUCUCCGGCAGAUUCUAAAAACGUACGAAACACUUUUAAUCUGAACACAAUUAGAAAGUAUGCAGCUAAUCACCGUAGCGCACGCGCGCGCAGGUAAACAGAACAUUUGUCUUUACAAAACGACGCCCCGUCCCAGCAUGCAACGCGGUUAAUGUUUACCCACAUUAAAUACUGGCGCCAAACCCGACGACCGUCGCAGUUGCUGUUUGAUAGGAGAAAGGUAGAAGUGCACAGCAAAAGAAGCUGCUGAUCGCAUACUACAUGACACUAUGGAAAGCAGCAGUACAGAGAUCGACAGUAUUGAGGCAUCGGAGGAUGAAAGUUCUGAAGAGCAAGACACAUACUUGUCGAAAUAUGGGCAGAUAUACUCCUCGGAGGAUGAAUGUUUUGAAGCAGAAGAGACAUACUUGUCGGGAAAGGGACAGAUGAGCUCCUUGGAGGAUGAACGUUCUGAAAAGAAAGAGACACGCCUGUCCAAAACUCGGGAAAUGAGCUUCUCGGAGGAUAAAUGUUCUGAAGAACAAGAGACAUACUUGUCGAGAAAUGUACCAUUGUCCUCCUCGGAUGAUGAACAUUCUGAAAAGACAUACUUGUCGAAAAAUGGGGAAAUCAGAUGGUGUACAAGUGCACCAGCUAAAGGACGUAGGAUGCCAGCGCAGAAUAUAUUGAAGAUCACUCCUGGGCCAACAAGGUUUUGCAUUUCCCAAGCCCAAGAUAUAGCAUCUACAUUUAUGUCAUUCUUUCCAGAAUCGAUGGAAAAUAUCAUCAUCGAUAUGACAAACUUGGAGGGAGAAAAGAGGUUCUCCAACGACUGGCAAAAAUUAACAGCGACUGAAUUCAAGGCAUUUAUGGGUCUUUUAAUUUUGGCAGGGGGUUUUCAAUCAAGUAAGGAAUCCAUUGGAAAGCUGUGGGACGAAAAAAUGGGAAGGUGGAUUUUCCGGGCGACGAUGUCCAGAAAAAGAUUUUUUGACUUGUUACAUGUCGUCACGUUCGACAAUCCAGAGUCGAGAGCAUUGAGGGAAUCGACGGACAAGCUGGCUGCGAUCCGGGACGUAUGGGACACGUGGUCAAGCAACCUUUCCAUUAUGUAUAAUCCCGGCCAUGAUAUAACAAUUGACGAGCACCUGGUUCCCUUCAGAGGCAGCUGCCCAUUUCGGGAGUACAUGCCACACAAACCCAGCAGGUCCGGCAUCAAACUGUGGGUAGCGUGUGAUUCAAGAUCCAGCUAUUGCUGGAAAGUCCAGGUCUACACAGGCAAGCCUCCAGGGGAAGAAACGGAAGAAAACCUUGCGAAACGCGUUGUGCUGGACUUGUCGGAGGGGCUGAAGGGGCAGAAUGUUACCGUAGGUAGUUUUUUCACGUCUUUUGACCUGGGUCAACAGCUGCUCAAAAAGAAACUCACUAUGACAGGCGAAGUAUGCCGCAGUCGGCCGGAGCUGCCGUCUGACUUCCUCAUGAGCAAGGGCAGGCGACUGCACAGCUCAAAAUUCGGAUUCUUCUCAAACACAACCAUCGUGUCGUAUCUGAAAACAAAGAAGAAAAUGAACGUGCUCCUCAUGAGCACGUUCCACCAGAACCCGGCAAUCAGCAGUCGCAUGGAUCGAGAGCCCUGCAUUUUAACAGAUUAUGAUGAAACUAGAGGUGGAGUGGACACAAUGAACAAACUGACGACAGCGUAUAGUACAAUACGAAAAACCUCGCGCUGGACACUUGCACUCUUCUGUGACAUGUUGGACAUUGCUGCACACAAUGCCUGUGUAGUCUGGGAUGCCAUAAAUUCCCAGCAGCCGGACAAAAGAGGAAACAAACGUAAGGUGUUUCUGGUGCAGCUGGGCGAAGCCCUAGUAGCUCCUGCAAUGCAGCAGCGGUCGUACGUGCAUGGGAUGGUGCGGCUGGGUGAAGCCCUAGUAGCUCCUGCAGUGCAGCAGCGGUCGUACAUGCAUGGGAUGGUGCGGCUGGGCGAAGCCCUAGUAGCUCCUGCAGUGCAGCAGCGGUCGUACAUGCAUGGGAUGGUGCGGCUGGGUGAAGCGAUAGUAACUCCUGCAAUGCAGCAGCGGUCAAAUCUCCCCAGUGACUGUGCCGCUGCCAGAGAGGUGAUGGCGGCGAGGAAAGGCGUGGCCCCCCCGCCCGCCCCACUGGGCAAACCAUUAAAGAAAAGGUGCGUCUUUUGCGCUAGUCAACGGGACAGAAAAACAAGAGUCAUGUGCAAAAUGUGUGGCAAAUUUGUUUGUAAGUCACAUUACAAUGCUGUUUGUGUGUGCUGUAUAAAACAUUGUUAGUAGGAAGGCUGCAACUAUAAUGUAUUCUGAGGAGGAGGGACAUCCCCCCCAACCAUCAGAUGUGCUCAAAAUGUCCUCCCCAAUAUGUAUGAUAAUUAUGACCUUGGUGUCCCCACAUCGUGGACUCCAUGAUGACGGUCACAACAUCACAUAUGGGUAAAAUGCAGAGGUGUUUCAAUGUUCUGUGGUGUGGUGUGUCAACACUGACCACUACAUUCUAAUUCUCAAAGAAAAUAUUCCGUUGGAGUUGUGUAGGAAUGUUCUGUUUUGUGCUUAAUUUUUUAAUGAUUUACUUUCUUUUACUAAGUGAAUGAAUUGACUUCUGUUUUGUUCUUUUUGAAUUGCUGAAGUUCUAUUCUGUUCAUAUUUUAAUAAUAAUACAUAACAGUACUCCUAAUAAGACAGUUAUGUUAAUUACAGCUAUGGAUAAAAGUUCUUUGUUAAAAAUAUAUCAGUUCUUUUUCCAGCGUUAUUCGACUAUCUAUUGUUUUUGAACAUUUCUAAAUGUGGAGUAAAACCUAUUGCAGUGAAUGUGGGCAGGCACAGAAUGUAUUACAUCUGUAAAAAAAUAUGUUAUUUGAAAGAGCUCGUGUUUUUUGUAAAGUUUCAUCUCUUUUGCACAAGGUGGCGUGAUUGCUUAAUGAUUAAUCAUCACCACUUCUAAAAUAUCACUGUGUUUGUCUGCUAUAUGAUAUAUUUAACUGAAAUUGCUGAUCCAAACAACCAGUGAUUCAUAAAGGAAAAGCAUGAAAAUUAUCAGGGGUGCCCAAACUUUCGAUCUCCACUGUACAUUUGUACUCCUUGCUCUGUGCAAUUGAGGCAUCCCAUGGAGCACAACCAACCGUGGUAGAAGCAAUAUGCAAAGACAGCAUGGAGGAACGUGUGCAGACAAACUACAUGACCUGCUGUUCAUGUUUCUGAGUUUAUUAGGUGGAUAAGUCAUUAAGAUACCUGAGGACCCAAGUAAUGAAGUAAUCACGGAAUUACUGAAACCGCCAUGAAUUAAAGCA